AUGGUCAAUCUUAUACGCACGCUACGCCUGGUGCUGGACAAGGUCGACACACCGACGCUAUCUGAAGUCCUGGAAAAUGUCGACGAAUUCGUCCUGGAAUGCACCCAGUCCGAAGAGCCGGAGGUCCAGCUGUUCAAGUUCGAGGAGGAGCUGCAGUCACUGCACCACGAAGUCACUGAUUACUCGUCCACCUACCACACGGAAGUCUUUCUAGCAGUCUUAUUUCAUCUAGGGCCAAUCCUUCCCCCGACUUCAGUCAUCUCCUGGUUCGAUCUUGUUCUCAGGCCGGCUUUGCGAGAGCCAAAGCUGCCAACGGCCUCUCUCAAUCACGCAAAGGAACUGAUCAUCUCUGCGCUGCAGAAAACCCACGAGGCAUAUGCCGUCCGCGUACACGACUUUAGGAGGCGUCUGCUCGAGCUUUAUCUCCUCGAUGCGUAUAAUGAAGGCUCCGGAGAUGAUGCAUUGGAGUGGGCUGAACUCAACCAGGAGGAACAGGCCAGACGCACCCGCUGGAAGCACAAUCUACAAGAUAUCUUGAUUGCUUACGGAGGCCAAAGUCCAGAGGACCUACUCACAGAAAUCGACCGUCAAUUUGCCAUACCAUCUCAUCGACUACAACUAUUGAUUCUACUCAACAAGAUGUUCUCGGCCAACGAAUUUCCGCCUUGUACCCCGGUGGUUGCGUCACACAGUAUUCUAAAGAGCCUAUGGAAUUGUCUACUAUUCGACAACUCUUCGACCGUUUGCACGGCUGCCCUCAGUCUGGUUUCACAGCUUCUCCCCUACUUUGCCGUUCACACCAAGGAGAUCCUCAAGUCCGGCCUACCCCAACUGUUUGCAAUUAUGGCAAGGGUCGUAUGCUGGAAGGAAAGGCCACCUCCAUUGCGGGGAGAGGGGAAUGACGAAGAGUUUGAGCGUGAACUGUACAGAGAAACAGUUCGCGUCCUACAGCCUCGCCCUGAACUCGGAUGGGAGAGAUUGGAAAUGACCUUCCGUGGAACCCCUUCAGUGCCACCCUCGUUCCGCCCCUACUUUACCAUCCUGUUUUACCUUUACCCCUCCAACACUCUCAAGUUUAUCAGGUGGCCGGUUCAGUACAUGAAGGACGCGGGCUACCCAAGUCCUUACACUGUACCAUGGGAAGAGGCUCUCGACGAAGACGGGAUCCGACGCAAGUCUGAGAACCUUAUGCGAGAACACAUCUGUCAUCCAUGCUUGAUUUGGAACGACCCCGUUACCGAAUUGGAGAAGCCAGAAUUCUGGAGUCGGUACGACGUGCCCCGGAUUGGCAGCGAGGCAACAAUGCUGGAUAUCCGCUAUCUCGCCAUGGGUCUACGGGAGAAAUAUGCCGAGCAGCACUCGGAUGGUCCACCGGGGGCUCCAGGGACCACAUCUUUCACCCAUCCAGUCAGCUCAUCGGAGAACCCAGAGUCGACCCAUUUCAUCCACCCCGUGGACUUGUCCUCCGGCAAAGUCAAGAUUUCGCUCCAAGACAUGAUUGAUGCUUCCGUUGCUCUCAAGUCCAACAUCGACGUGGAGGUCACCAAACCUUACGCCAAGUGGUCAUCGCUGAUCUUCCCUUCACCCGUUGGGAGAAUCACAUCAAGUAUGAAGGGAAAGUCCCCCGAGACCACGAGCCUACGCUCGGAGGAUACGACGCGGACAGAUGAUGGGAGUAGGAGUAUGGUUCAUGUCGCAGAGGUCAUUUCCGGUCUCCAGAAGGAGGUACUCCUGCUGCGCAACGAACUGAAUUUCGAACUGUGGCAUUCGAGAGAAAAUGCGAAGCAUGUCGGUCGGUUGUACGAAGAUCGUAUCCUCAUGCGAUCAGCAGAGAGUGAACGACAAGGGCUGUAUAACAAGCUUCGAAAGUACCGCAAUCAAGUCAAGGCACUCGAAACUGAACUCCACGAACACAAAACGCAGACCGCAGCAGCAAAGAGUCGAUAUGCUGAUUGGACGAAGGAGCUGCAAGAUAAGCUUAAAAUCCUGCGGGAAGACAAGAAGAAACUCGUGGCCGAGGCGAAUGCAGUCCGCAGCUCAGAACUCAAUCUCAAGGCGCUGUUUGACGCCCAGGGGAAGCGCCUGUCAGAGGCCCUUGGUCAAGUAUUUACGCUGCAAGCGGAAGCUAAGCAAAAUACAGAGCAGAUCGAACGCCUCAGGGACUGUGAGAAGCAAGUGGAAGAGUUGACCAAGCUGCGGCAAACCUGGGAGGACGAUUCUCGAACAUUCGCCGACGUGAAGCGCGAGAUGGAGCGACUGCAACAGCGUAAUUCGGAGCUCGAGGAAAGAGUCAGGGUCCUGGAGGCCGAGCGCUCACAGCAACUGGCACAGGAUGGAAACGAUUACAAGCGCCAGAUCCAGUCUCUGGAAUUGCGUCUAGCUCAAAUGGAGGAACUCGCGGACCCAGGUGUUGUAAACGCUUCGAAGCGGCUUUCAGACGAGAACAGCGCAUUGAAGAAUGAGAUCGAAGAGUUGCAAGCGAUUGUGUUGUCCCUGAAGGAACAGAGGAACAGUACAUAG